AUGUCCGCCCAGCUGCUGGGGAAAAAGUGUGAGCAGCGCGGUGCACAGCCCGCUAGAGGCCAUCGAACUGCCCGAGGUCAAAGUCUCCCCUCUGUGGCCUUCACACGGCCUGAACCCGAGGCCUGGGGUCAGGGCUUCGCCCAGAGUCUCCUAAAAAAGAUGUCUCACCGAAGUUCUAUUCCUGGCUGCGGAGUGACUUUUGAGAUUGUCUCCAAUAUUCCAGAGGAUGCCCAGGGAGCAGAGGAGCGGGAAACACUGGCAAGAAUGGCCGCCAACGUGGGCGGCACGGCUUCGGCUGACUCAGAGGCUUACAUUGAGAAAUACCUGCGGAGCGUGCUGGCCGUGGAGAACCUCCUCACCCUGGACCGGCUCCGCCAGGAGGUCGCGGUGAAGGAGCAGCUCACAGGAAAGGGGAAGCUGAGCCGGAGGAGCAUCAGCUCUCCCAGCAUGAACAGGGUGAGCCGCCGCCCGGUCCCCGCCGGCCCUCGCCCCCACUCGCACCCUGCCCGUGCCCCACGUCUCACCUCGGGGACCGCCACCCGCUCUGAGCUGACCGCCCCGGGCACUCGGGGCCCGGCCUGUCAGGACCCUGCGGUGUCCACCGGCUCAGAGGUGCUUGCCUGCCCGGCCAUCACCACUGUCAGUGUCUGCGUGAACGGACUUGACACGCAGGACAGUCCCCUGGGAGCCAGUUUUGAACCUGGUGAUGCCGACAGUGUCAGAAGAGGGCCUUGA